CGCUCUCGUAUCGACUACCUAGCAACCUGGUAAGAACAGUAUCGGUUGCGUGGUUCAUCACCUCGUAUGGCAACUCCGGUACACCGGCAACUGUUGUCUCUGGCGUGGUUGUGAGGUUCCCAUCUGCCGGAGCUAGGAUACUGCUUGGGUGUUUAUCUGGGAGUCCCGCUAUUCUAGACGACCCAUCGGAAAAUACUCUAGUGAAGGUAUGAUACCCUUGGUGACUUGGUCGGUCGGUCAUGGCGUCCGCGCAUAUAGCCUAGGUCUAGAACAGAAGUCCAACAAGGAGACCGCUGGAGGGCCAGCCGUUACAUCGUCCCUUUCUGCAACAUAUGCUAGAGACUGUUCGAGAGUCUCGGAAUUGCGAGAUUCCGACACGUAUCCCCAAGUGUAGUUAUCCACCUAUAUCUGACAGUCGGUAAGGUGACUUAAAGCUGCGAGCAUCCCGCAUUCAAACAUCUCCGUAUUACCACAUGGCGCCCAUGACUUCCGAAAACCAACAACCAUUCACGGUGCUAAUCGCCGGCGGCUCGAUCACCGGCCUCACCCUCGCCCUCCUUUUAUCCCGAGCAGGAAUCAACUACGUUGUGCUGGAGCGCGGUAGUUCUCUCGCUCCUCAGCUCGGUGCCUCACUCGGUCUUCAUCCACCAGCCCUAAGCAUCCUUGAUCAAUUGGGCUUGUGGGAGAAUGAUUUAGAGCCUAUUGUCGCAGCGCUACAUUCUGGUCAGCAUUUCACCAAAGACGGAAAGUUGUUUGGAUCCGCUAGGAAUCAUGAGGUUGUGCAUAAGCAACUGGGAUAUCCAAUCGUUUUCAUCGAACGCCAGCUCUACCUCGAGACACUAUUGAAAUACAUCCCCGAGGAGCACAAGCAGACGUGUAUUCACACCAAUGCCGGUGUUGCCGACGUCAAACAGGACGACAACUCUGUAACGGUAACGACCACCGAUGGCCGCACCUUCCAUGGCGAUGUCUUGAUCGGUGGCGAUGGCGUGCACAGCAUGGUGCGCGAACUGAUGAAUCCCGCACUCAAGGAGGAAUAUAUUUCCGAGUUCAACUGCAUUUUCGGCAUUUCGAACGUCACUGAGAAGACGCCGAUGCAAGCGGGAAUGGUGUACAACGUGUACGACUCCGGAAUCUCCAACGUAUGUGCGAGCGGCGUCCCGGGCAAGAUCUUCUGGUUCCUGUUCAAGAAGAAUUCCCUGACGCAUCCGCCGAACGUACCGCGAUUCACGGACGCCGACACCGAGAAGAUGGUGGAGGAGCACGGCGACAUGCCCAUGUGCGCCGACUUCACGAUAAAGGAUCUGUGGGAGACGCGGGAUAAGGCCGUUCUCGUUGCACUGGAGGAGGGAGUGAUUAGCCAGUGGAUCGACGGACGAGUUCUGCUCAUGGGCGAUUCUGCGCAUAAGGUAACGAUCAAUGCCGGCUUCGGCGGCAACACCGCCAUCGAAUCCACGGUUCUUUUCAGCAACAGCCUCCACAAGCUCCUGCAAUCCAGCCCUCACCCCAGUUCUGCAGAGCUCAAGGCGCUAUUCAAGGACUUCGAGUCGGUCCAGCGCCCUCGCGCAAACCAGAUCUUGAAGCUUUCAGCCACGGUCACUCGCCUCGAGGCUCAGAACGGAUUGAUGUACAAGCUCCUGUCGCGGUAUGUCAUGCCACGGCUGAGUGAUAAGCUCAAAGCCGGUGUGUUCGUGGAUGUCGCCGUUUCGUAUCCGGAUGUUGAGUUUCUCCCCAAGAAGGCCAGUCCGAUGCAGGAUCUGAGGGCUGCGAUAAGGGAGAAGAAGGAGAAGGCGGUGAGAGGAAGUAGACUGGCGAUGCUUGUUAAGACUGCUGUUGCCGUGGGAACCCUGGCGUGGCUGGUCCAGUCUAAGCACGGAAUCAAGGGGCUGCAGAUGGUUCGGACGCUCCUUGCAGAGAAAUAGAGUGGCGCAUGUACGUAUUCGGAGCCAGAAUAGAUUGUAUUGAGAAUGCAGGGCAAUAUGUAAUAAAUUGGGAG